GCAGAGAUGACAGAAUCGAUUGACAUGAGGUCGUUAAAAGUUCUCUUGGUUUUACUGUCACUUUUUUAUGUGUCCCUUUCAAUGAACUCUGAGGAUGAGUUACGUGUUGUCGUCAGAAAGUUGGAGAGACUUAUAGCAAAGGAAAAGACCUCUGACCGACCCUGGUUCACUGGUACCAAAUUCCCACCGGGACCACAUGGGAAGACCGACAAAAAUGGCACCCCUUACAAACUGCACAGAAUCUUCGACAUGCUUCUAAGACCGUACUUCGGUAGUGCUCCGAGUGGGGAUUUCCAAUUCACGAAUUUGCCUUUGACACGUGAACAAUUUGUGAAAGAAGCGAAUGAUUGGUACAUGACCAUGCUCUCGAGGGAUUCGUCAGAUCUAGUACAGAUACGGAAACAGGCUUUUUUCAACAUGACUAGUGCUUUGUUGAAAGCCAUUUUCCAAUGUCCAACAGCAAAAAUCAACCAAAUGGUUUUCUACGUUCUGAAGGACCAGGAGCGUGUCAUGACAGAAGAGGACCAGAAUAUGUACACCUAUGUCAGAAAUAUCCUAGAAAACCAAAUAACGAACAAUACCACGAGAGAAAAUGUCGCCAGGAUGAUUGUGAAGACUGCUCAUAGACAUAUUUUUGGAGACUUUAUGGAGUACAUUAAGUUUUUCUACUUUAAAGAUAUCAUGGAAUUCUUUGGCAAAAUGAAGAUCUUGUUAUAUAGAGCUAGGCAGGAGAAGUGGAGUGUUACAGAAUUUGACCAAAAAUUAAAUGAGCUGCUUUUGUCGGGGAAUAAUUUUGAUUUCAAAUGUCCUCGCCUGCAAGAUCUAUGGGAUUUUCACCGGACACUCGCGGUGCGUUUUCAACAAAGGUACUCCGAGGACAAACACUUAGAUAAAGCAAGGGAGUGGCUGACAAAAUACUUGGUACCUAGAUACCUAACCAGUGACCCCGCGCCUGUCAUCAAAGCCAUUCUCCAAGUCUACAAAGGCUAUGUGAGGGGGGCCGUGCGCAACUUUGACCGGGUUGAGACCCACAUGACCACUGGAAACAUGGACAACAUCAUCAUCUUUGUGUCCGAGUUCCUCAAUGGAGGGCAGCUUGAAUAUUUGAAGGCUAUCUUUGAGUACCUGAAAGCAACAGAUAGCAGCAGAGACAUUGACAGGAGAAGAAUGGGUUCAACUCCCGAAUGGGAUACUUCAAUGGAUCCAGAUAGUGGGUAUAAAGGAUAUGAAACAACUGAAUCAUACCCAAAGGAUCCAGAUGGGGAAUUGGAAGGUUAUGGGAGGACGGAACCAUACCCAAUGGAUCCAGAUAGUGACUCUGGGGAAUAUGGAACAACUGGACCAUACCCAGUGUAUCCAGAUAGUGGAUUUGGAGGAUAUGGAACAACUGGACCAUACCCAGUGGAUCCAGAUAGUGGAUUUGGAGGAUAUGGAACAACUGGACCAUAUCCAAUGGAUCCAGAUAGUGGAUUUGGAGGAUAUGGAACAUCAUACCCAAUGGAUCCAGAUAGUGAAUCUGGAAAAUAUGAAACAACUCGACCAUACCCAAUGGAUCCAGAUAGUGGAUUUGGAGGAUAUGGAACAUCAUACCCAAUGGAUCCAGAUAAUGACUCGGGAGAAUAUGGAACAACUGGACCAUAUCCAAUGGAUCCAGAUGGAAGAUAUAAAACAACCGAAUCAUAUCCUAUGGAACUGGAUAGCAACUGGCCCGUAUACUAGCAAUGAUACGGAUCAAAAGAGAAUUUCAGUUCCUUAAUUGUGCGAUUGGUGAUUUUGAUGAAUGAGAUAUGAACAAAAUCAAAGUCAACAACGGAUUCUGAGAACUCAUAGAAAGCCACUCUCUGUUAUCAGUUUAUUUCUAGAAGUUUGUCUCUGUUAUUACGAUAGAAUAUUUUCUGUGAUUCAUUUCUUUGAAAACAUAGAUAUGAAAACUGAACUAUGUACAGGAUUUUUGUAAAGCUAGCAGGGUAUUUUCUAAACCAUGCUUAUUGACUUGUUUUCGAGGGUAACAUAAGUUUUGUCCAAUCCAAGGGCCAAAGUGACUGAGGUCGUUUUUGUCAGCCAAUUCCUUGUUUUGUUUAUGAACUUGUUCCCGGAAAACCUAGAUCUGUAUUGAAGAAGAUGGAUAACAUAAUUGUUUUGGAUUAGCCCGUUUACACUUAGCAGUGUAGAAUUAUGAACGUUACUUUGACAGCAACUAGCUGCAGAAUCUCUUGGAAAGAAAAUUCGAACAGAAAUAAAAUGCUCUUCUAUGUC